ACCGCACACCACGGUAUGCUUGGCGCUACAACAUUGGUUUCCAUACGUAGUUCUCCUGACCAAUACAACUUUAAAUACCAAUUAUACAGUUUUGUGGCUCGUCUCAGAUUGGCGCCACACACACACACACACACACACCAGGGCAGUGAAGCGAAUGGAAGUGCAUUCACCACACCCCGCCACCACACACUACAGUAUCCUUGGCACCCCGCGCCGCCCCGCCCAGCAGCGGCUAAGGGCUUGGACCGGGACCGCGAGGGACUGGCCAAGAUGAAGAAAGUUGUCAAGGCCAUGCACUCCACAGGUCAAGACUUUGUGGCGUCAGAAGUAGACAUGAGUGACGCUCUUCGUAAGUUGGGGGACACAGGCGGGCGGCCCGAAGACAAGGCGCUGAGCGAGGCUUUUCACAAGUUUGCAGUCGUCAUCCGGGAACACUCACAGCUCCUGCAGCAGCUGAUCACCAAUCAGAAGAACAAUCUGCUGCCACCCCUGAGCAGUGUUCUGAAGGGAGACCUGAAAGGAGUCAAGGGGGACCUCAAACAGCCCUUUGAAAAGGCUGCAAAAGUUUAUGAUACCAGAUUCUCAAAAAUUGAGAAAGAUAUGAAGCAACAAGCAAAGGAGGCUGGGUUCUUCAAACAUGAAGUCGACGCCGCAGAAAUUGCUGAAGAAAUGAGUAAAGAAAGAAAAAUGUUCCAGCUUCAGAUGUGUGAUUACUUAAUAAAAGUGAAUGAAAUAAAAACCAAGAAGGGAGUUGAAUUUCUACAAAAACUGGUGGAGUACUACCAUGCAUAUUGCAAGUACUUUGAGGAGGGCAUGAAAACCUGGGCAUACUUUGGGUCCUACGUCAGUGAGCUCAGUGAAAAGCUGCGUGACAUGAGGCACAGACAAGAGGAGGAGAAGCGACACUUGCUGGACACAAGGAAAAUGAUCAGCAACUCACUAAAUGCUGAAGUCAAACCAGAAGCUGGAGUGGCACCACCAGUGUAUCACCUACACAGAGCUCAGGGCAACAAGAUUCAUGGCACCACAAAAAGCGGCUACUUAUCCAAGAAAUCUGAAGGAAAAAUGCGAAAAGUAUGGCAGAGGAGGAGAUGUGAUAUACGUGACAGUGUUCUAUUCAUCCGACAUUCAGAUGAGACCAAACCUCCAGUCACGGUGCCACUGCUUACAUGCCAAGUUAAGCGUGUUGGAGAUGACGGCAGAUAUUUUGACUUGGUGUCAUAUAACAGAACCUAUCACCUAAUGGCUGAAGAUGAGGUAGAGGCAGAUGCUUGGGUGUCUGUUCUUCUAAAUAGUAAAGAAGGUGCUCUCCAGAAAGCGCUCUGUGAUGACACUCCUGGUCCCUCUCCGCCUGACUCGGGAUUCAGAGAACUACAACAGAGAAUCAUAUCUUAUGUCCGAGGGUUACCUGGUAACACUCUCUGCUGCGACUGUGGAGGAACCAAUGAUGUGACAUGGCUUUCCACAAAUUAUGGUGUCAUGGUGUGCAUAGAAUGUUCUGGAAUUCACCGAGAUCUUGGGGUUCACAUUUCCAGAAUACAAAGUCUUACCCUCGACAAGGUUGGGACAGCACAGCUGCUGCUUGCCCGCCACAUGACCAACAAGUCCUUCAAUGAGGUGACAGAGGCAACAGCGCCCAGGAAACCGGAGCCCACCAGUACAAUUGACUCACGAGAAGAUUGGCUAAGAAGGUGGGACGAGAGGCGAGAAUUUAUUCAAUCCAAAUAUGUUCGUCGAGCAUUUGUGCAGCCAACCACUGCCACUCCUGAGGAGCUGCAGGACCAGCUGCGGGAAGUCAUCAUUAACAAUGACCUUUCUGGUCUGCUUCGAGUAUAUUUCCAGGGUGGGGAUUUAGGAUUGCCACUGACAGCACUGAAGGAAUGUGCUCUUCAUGUAGCAAUAUUCCAAGAAAACGGCACCUCACUCCCACUGGUGGACUUCCUGGUUCAGAACAGCCGCUCCCUGGACCGGCAGACAGUGGAGGGCAACACUCCGCUGCACUACUGUGUCAUCCACAACAAGCCAGAGUGCAUGAGGCUGCUGCUCAGGGUGGGAGCAAACCCAAGCAUAGAGAACAACAAUGGCAAGACCCCUCUGGACAUUGCCAAUGAACGGAAUUGCAGGCUGCUGGAAGACAUGCUGAACCAGGCCCAACAGCAGAGGAAAUCAAUGUUUGAGAAUGUGGAGUAUGAAUGGAAUCUCUCCGAUGAUAAUUGCACUGACAUGUCAGAUGAUGAGGAAAUCAUCAAGCCCAAUGGCAUGGCUACACCAGAGAAGGUGGGGAGGAGUCGGCUAGUCAGUCUGCCGGGCUCUGGGUCACCCAUCUGUCAGCAUGGUAGUGACCACCACACCAGCUCAGAGGACCACAGCCACAGCGAGUACCGCUCUCGCUGCUACCGGGCCCAGCCUCCCCCUCCUCCCCCUGUCUCCUCUAAUCCUACAUUGCCACGCUCUAUGACAGAGAAGAGACCAGCACCUAAACCCCCAGCUGGUGUAUCCCACAACUCCUCUUUCUACCUCCCACAUUACUCCAGCCAUUCCCGCACGCCUUCUGACCCCAUGUUGGGCCCCCCUACCUACCACCCAGGCCUCACUCACAACAACAAUAAUGGUGGUGGGGGAGGUAGCCUUGGAGGGAUAGGCCACAAGAGGAGUCCAUCAACUGAUUCUAGUAAUAGUGUGUUCUUCCCUCAACCUUCCUCUUCUUCCAACAACACCACUACUUCUUCUGGGACAACACGCUUCUCUCUCUCACAUAACUUGCCCCCUGAAGCUACAUCAGGCAGUGCAAGUGAUGGCCGGCCGCUGGACACAGACACUUCCCCAUCAUCCUCACCUCAGGAGUCUCCCAACACCUUCAUCAAUGGACGCUCUACUGAGUCUCUCUCCUCUCUUGUAUCAGAUGACCCCCAGCCACCUCCCAGAAGGAGAAUGGGUUCACUUCGCCAUCGUAGGUGCCAAGCAUUGUAUGACUGUGAUGCCGACUUAGACGAUGAGUUAAGCUUUAAAGAAGGUGAAAUUAUCAUUGUACUUCAAGCAGAAACAGAAGAUGGUGACUGGAUGGAAGGAGAGAUUGAAGGCGACCCCAAACGUAGAGGGAAAGUCCCCAUCAACUUUGUACACAUGUUGACAGAUUAGCAGGAAGCUCAACACUUAGUAUGAACUGCAUGUAUUUGGCUUACCUAUAAAUCAGUAUUCAACAGUGAGUAUGAGUAUAGUCUGACUGUGAAUUUGUUUUAAUGUUGCUAUCGAAAGGAAAGUGCAUAUUUGUGAUUAAUCACAUGCUGGUAUACAAUUGGUUGACUGUAUCGACAACUGUGUCAUCAAUUAGGUAUGUUUAUAUUUAGUUAAGUGGGUAGUUUUGUUAGCUUUUUAUCCAUUUUUGAAAAUGAAAACACCUCAUUAUAAGACCAUAAUUAAUAUAAAGGACUCAACAGAAGUGCUUAAAUUAUAUGAACAGUAACUACAUACAGAAAGUAUAUUGUCAGAGAUCAGUUGUACUUUGUGUUCCUUUCAUUAGGUUUAUGAGGAACUUCAGGUGGUGUAAAGUGGAAUUAAGACACAAAGAGGAUAAAACUACUCUGGAAUAGGAAGCUCAAAUUUGAGGCCAUGCUCACUGAUAGUAAUUCUGCUCAUAACAGCACCAAAUAAUUCUUUCCUGAGGGAUAUAAUGUGGAUCAGAUUUAGCUCCUGCUCUCCUGUUAGGCAGCAGAACACAGGCCAGUGAAAGACUGAGGGAUCUCCACUACUCUUACAUCACUCAUGAAAAUGUAUCUCAAGUUUGUCUGAUCACAUCUGUGUCCUCUCCUUAUCAUCUCAGAACUUAAUGUACAUGAAAAUAUGAACCAUAUAUCAAACUGUGAACUUAAUGAUCAGUGAAGGAAGAUAUUUUAAAGUUAAACAAUGAAGAUGUUGACUUUUGGCAUGGUUGAAACCUUAUUGUUAACAGUAUUUGUCUAUCCUGAUCUAACUUUCUGUAAUUUAUGACUACAUUGUUACAAUUAUAUAAUGAAAUGUUGAUGAUAACUUAGUGACAGGAAAAUAUAAUGUUCUGAGUGCAUGACCAUGACUACAUAACCUUAGAAGACAAUGUGACAUUGAGCUACAGUCUGAGGUUUAUUGAUCCUUUGACUCCAGGAUUCUUGUAUGAGUUUCUAUGAGUUUUGCUGAAUUAUGCCAAGUGAUCUGCAAACAUUAAGGAUACUUAGCCAGGCAGCAUAAUCUGUAGGGUCUCUGACAGUGGAAGUUUGUCAGCAUGCAUACAUGUAGUAAGUGCCAACUGUAUUUUCCUGGUAACUUCAAACUGUAUUAUGACAUUCUGCCAAGUAAUUUUCAUUUAUUUAUUUAUUUUUUUUAUAUCAUUACUAUCUCUGUAUUUUUCUCCUCAUUGAUUCCCUUCCCCAUCACUGCAAGAGGAUGACAUCCAGUGAAGUGGGAGGACAGAAUGCUGGAAUGUGUGAUGUGUAAGAGAGAGAAUUUGAACAUGCAAGGAAGGAAUGCAAGGACAGAAAUAAGUGAUGAUUCUUCUGUUGAAACUUUCCAAUCAGGGAAGUUCUUAGGAAUAAACUUUAGAUAUAGGAAGAUAGAUGUGUUAUAGUCAUUAUCAUCAUUAUCAUUACCAUAGUCUUUAUCUUUGCUGUCAUCAUUGUAAUCAUCAAAAUCAUUAUCAUCAUUGUCAUCAUCCUCAUCAUCCUAAAUGUUUUUUCCUCUUCCUAGCAAAUCCUUCCAAAGGAGGACCCUGGCAGAGCUGUCCCAGUUAAACACACACACACACACACACACACACACACACACACACACACACACACUGACAUCAAGAGGGAAUCAAGAGAGCAUGGAAGGAAACUUUUCUGUAUGUUACAGCUAGGUGAAUACACACACACACACACACACACUCAGUUUUCUCAUGUAUACAGCAUCACACUUCUCCCUUCCAUCUUUUCUUUUAUGUACUAAUCUGUUGUCUUCCACAGCAAAAGAAGUCUUCCUCUCAUGUGUAUCCAUUAUUUAAUUUUUCACACCAUCUUGAGAUGUGUGUCAUCAUCCAUGCUCUGUUUAUGCCUGUACCAUGUGAAGGCAUGCUGCAUCUCCUUGGUAAUUCAGCAGCUUCUCCGACCAGUUGGCACUUGCUGCAUAUUGAAGAACCCUACAGCAAGAGCUUCAUUGCAUGUGUUUAUAGGUCAUCUUCUCUUGUUUGUUUACAGUAAUUCAGUGAUUGUGUUGUGAUGGUCUGCUAUGGAGCAUAUAGAAAUGCAGAGAAAUUUUACCUGAAGUGCAGGAUAAAUUAGGCAUGUGGGAAUCAAACUUCUGCCAGGACACUCACAGAAAUGCAAAUCCAACACCCUACCAAUGAAGUCUAGAUGAUCACCAAGGCUUGAGUGGAUUCUGGUCAGCUUUGACUGUCCUGUUACUACACUUCUUCUAUGCCUGCACAAUAUAUCUCUGUUAACAAACUAUAAGAAGUUUAUAAACCACUAGAAUGGAUGUACAAGUAGCAACACUUUCUUUUGCUUGUGCUUGUACUCAGUAAGAUUUUCUCAUGUAUUAUAGGGGAGGGUAACUGCUGUGCUUUGCUCAAAAUAUUCUUUUAAUUGAUAUUCUCCUAUUUCCUUCUUUUCUUUUCACUCAUGUGGAGAAGUAUCAACCAUUAAAUAUGAAGUUGGAGAAAGGGAUUGUAUAGACAUGUACAGUGAUGGUCAGGAGUUGAAUAACUUGCUGUACCAUGGUUGUGUUGUGCAUUUUCCCUUGAUCUUAGGGCCUCUGACCUGCUGACUGUUUCCUUAUAAAACCUGACAGAGGAUAGAUUCUUGGCAGAUCAGAGGAGUGAAGAUUGAGGAAAAACUAAGCACAAGAUGAAGGUGUGGUAUGUUAUUCAACCUGAGACCAUGACUAUACAGAAAAUGGAUGUAGACAGACUGCUCAAGAAAGUUUCUAGAAGUGUAGUGAUACAUAAAAGUGAGAUAUAUUUUGAUGCCUGAGAAGAAAGUUGAACUUAACGUUAAACAAGUAUACUAGGUUUCAUCACAAAUUUAUAAUGUUGAAUGCUAGACAGUGUACUGCAUAUCCUUAAGAAAAUACAUUUGCUUUCUUUGGAAUGUAUCAAAGAAUGUGGGAAAAGGUGAUCAAAGUAGCUGUGAAAUUAGCAAACUUUCUGCUCCUUCUCUCUCUCUCUCUCUCUCUCUCUCUCUCUCUCUCUCUCUCUCUCUCUCUCUCUCUCUCUCUCUCUCUCUCUCUCUCUCUCUCUCUCUCUCUCUCUCUCUCUCUCUCUCUCAACUAUCCAUCUCCUUAAUCCUGCAGGUUAUGAAUCAUUACAUAUUUUAGAGAUAUGAGCAGCCAGUGAUGAGUUGGUAACUUAGAGAGUUGCUCCUCACACACUCAGCUUCUGAAGUGUCUCUGUGUGUGUGUUGUACUGGAGGUGAAGUUGUCAAGAUAUAUCAUGCUUGAGGUGUGCCAAUAUGUAUCUAAACAAAGGGAGCAGUUACAACAGUUAUUUCAGUAAACCAAAAAGACCAUGGUAUGAGUAGAAGUAAAUAAAAAGUGCAUAAUAUGAGCAUUGGUCUUGUGUAUAAGUAUGAAUAGUAUUAAAGCUUUUUUUUUAUUAUUAUUAUUAUUUCUUUCCCUCCUUGAAAGGGAGUGUGACUUUGUGUACAGAUUGAUAGGUAGGUUUUAGUUUUGAAAAAUGUGAUAAUUUUUAUUUUUACUAUAUUUAAGUCUUUGAUUGUGUAAGUUUACAUGAUGUACAAAUGCAUAAUUUGUCAAUUAUAAAAUGCUUUUACAGUUAUGCCCAAGAUAUAUGGAUGACAUAUGCCAUAUAGGCUUGUAUUAUUUCAUGCUUGAUUCAUUUUUUUCUUCUCUCGAAAAUUAAUGCACAUAUUUAGUCAAUGUGUUAGUUUUAUUAUUACUUGCAUACAUUCUUAUGUUGUCAUCUUUAUGUACUUGAUUUUAUUGGACAAAAUGCGAGUUUUCACUUCGGUGAUUGCUUUAGAAUUUAAAUUUAUAUUGUUACUUAUUUAUUUUAACAAAAUGCACUUGAAUAAGAUUUUCAUAACAUUAUAAAAUGUAGUAUCAUAAUUGUCUGAAGUGUCUCAUUAGUAAUAUGAACAUGAACAAAAACCAAACAUUGAUGAGAUGGUCUUACAUACACAUAAGCAACCACAACAGAAACACACAGGUCUCAAGGACUGGGUGAGGACUUGCUGCUUCUUUUGUACAUUCCAUGCACACUGACUCACUCUCUAUUGUGGGCCAGGGUGCCUCCCUCCACAGAGAGGAGUGAGAGAAGUGAACACAGGUUACAAAACACUGCUAUAAAACUUAUUGCUUGUGCUCUGGAAAAUAAGUUUAGCCAUUUAAAGAAUUUACUGCUCACAUAUACUUUGGAUGACUUAGUGUAAGUAUUACUGGAGCCUUACCUCACUACUGGAAUUUCAUUGUUUUCAGAUAUUUUGAUACCAAAUUUCUUUAAGCAACUGAUGUAAAAUUUCUUUAGUUACAAUAUGCACAGCUCUUAUUAGUCAUCCAAGACAGUUAAUUUUAGAUUCAUGUUUUCAGUUUUACAUCAAAUUUACAUUUUACCAUUCUGUGUUGAUUUGUUGCAUUGCGAAGUAAUGAUAGAAUCUGAACCAGAACCAAUGAAAAUAUGCAUACCGAAAAAAAAUAAUUCAUAAAAUUUCUGCUUUAUUAUUUUUACAAAGAGUAUGCCAUGAGUGAUGAGAAUUGAUGUGUACAGAUUGAUAGAUAGGUGUUCUAGUCAUGGUGAAGGUGUUAAGUGUUGUGUUGGAGGUACAUGUUACUGGGAAGACAAUGAUAUAAAGCUUUAGGUGGCAAUACUCUGAGCUCUGGUGACUGAUGAUGAUGAUGCACAAAUGCAGUAAUGUGUAUGAGCUGUGUAGGAGUGGCAUGAAAUUAUCUGAAUCAUCAACAUGAACAUUCCAAAACUAAAUUAUUAUAUUUUUCUAGAAAUAAAAUCUAAAAAGUUGAAUGAAUGCCACUGAAAUGGCAUCAGGUGAUGUACAGUAUGUAUUCUGCUCAUCAAAACAAAUGCAUUGGCAUCUUCGCUCCCAUUAUUAGUGGAAAGAUGUGGCAAAUGUACAAGUUCUUCUUUAUGAAUUAAAAAUGUAUUUUGAAGUGAAAUAGUUUGUGAUCACAGCAAGUAAGAAGUGAUUACAUUUUGAAAGUUUGUUUUUUGUACAGCUGUGAUUGAAAUUAUUUCAGAAAACAUUGAACUUUAUUUUCUCUUGAACUAAAGUCAUGUACUUACUAAGUUACUGAAGAAAUAUUGUCAGGCUAUCAUACUGACAUUUUCUUUAAUGUUAGGUAAAUCAAGAACAUGCAGUUGCUUGCAUAUCUUCUCUGAGAAGCACAACUUAGUUUAGUUCUGUAAAGAUACAAAAAGUCUUCCUUGUGAAAGGAAACGUACAAUGAUGUAUAUAUAUAUAUACAUAUAUAUAUAUAUAUUGAUGCAUAUUUUAACUUAUGUUCUGAAUGAACCUCAAUAUUCAACUUAAUGUUUGAUAAACCAUAAGUGGCUGGUCUCAGACAUUACUUUUGUGAAAGUUGUAUUAUAUCUAUUUUUUUCCAUUGUGAAGGCUCAUAUUAACCAGUAAUUAUGUGUGUAUAUAUAUAUAUGCGUAUGAUAAGUGUACUGUAUAAUGUUAAUUAAUGAAAGAUUAUUCAAAUUUCUAGUUGUUCUUUGUAUAUAUAUAUAUUGUAAAUAGUAUGCACACACACACACACACACACACACACACACACACACACAUGUAUACAUGUAUAUGCUUUGUGUGAUGAAUAUUGCCUCUUUCACUAUCUCAAAGACCAGCAUGAUUGUAAACAAACUGGAUGUAUUAUAGCUAAGAAUUAAUGACUUGUAAAUAUGUAUGAGGUAGCCAACAAGGACACAAAAUUAUCAUUUUGCCACCAGUCUGACUUGUCAAUAUUGUCAUUGGUUUAGGAAUGAGCAUCUAUAUUUUUCAAUUAAACAAGAGAAAAUUUCAUCUCUGAUAUUAGAGUUGAGACUAUUUGAAGGGAGUUGUUGACCCUUGUCCCCUCUGUGUGAAUUACCCCUAAGCAUGAAGGUGUAUAAUGAUGCUCGCUGGUAUGGAUAUCUCUGCUUACAUUGUAUUUGGCAAAUCACAGUUGUCUCUGUGGGUUUAUGUAGUAAAAAUUUUAAAAAGGAUAUCUUCAAAAUACAAA